AUGGAUCACACUUUCCUGCCUCGGUCCAUCUGGACUGACGAGAGUAAAUUCCUCCAGCAUCCAGCGGAUCUCUACACCAGUGUGGUCGUUACGCGCAGCAUCCCUUCAGGCACAUGCUUUGGUCCAUGUGUGCUCCAAAACACUUUCUAUGACACUAUCGCCUUCAUAGCGCAGAAAUCCUGCGACAAGAGAGCUAAAUCCUAUGUGUUCAGGGUGGACCCCGAGGCCAUGCGCAAUUCCGCGCUGGUGCUGUCCUGGCUGCGGCUGGUGCAGGCUGCGCGCAAUGGAGAGGAGCAAAACACAGAGGCCUUCCUGAAAGCAGGUCAGCUGUAUGUGCGGACCACACGGGACAUCCAGCAGGAGGAAGAGCUGCUGGUGUGGUACGACCAGGAGCUUUCUCACCUACUGGGCUUCACGGACAUGAUCAGAGGAUCGAGUGAAGAAUUCAAAUGUGGAAGAUGUAACCAGGUUUUCAAGAAUGAGAAUCCUUUCCUGGCUCACUGCCGAUUCCUGUGUACGCAAGUAAAGAGGGACACCUGGAGCCGCGAGGUUUACGAGCACAAGCAUGUGGAAACUAAAAGGCAACAUCGGGUGACAGAUUUCCACAAUAUCGCCAGAGAUUUGGAACACAAAAAAUCUGACAACAACGAGGACGCAGAGGUUUCCCCCAAGAGAAGGAAAUACGAGGAAACUCUUUAUCCCAAAGGACGGAAAACGGUUCUGUUAGAAAAAACGAAUAUUUCUAAUGAUGACAAUAUUACACAGCUGAGUAAGGGCUACGACCAGGGCGCAGGAGAUGCAUCUUCCUCUGCGGGAAAACUGAAAGCUGAUAAUAAGAUCAAACCGGAUCAUUUGGGAUGUAAGAGUGAUGCUUUUGCUGACGCGGGGCAUGCCAAAGGGACUUUUACGCGCGGCACGGAGACAGACUCACGGUCGGAGACAGGUGAGAGCUCUGGUGUGCACUCAAGCAGCAGCAGUGCAUUUUCUCUGGUCCUGUCCAACAGUCGGGGCGAGCAGAAAAGCGCUUUCUGUAAACCGAGUAAAAGAACUUCUUCUAUUGACCCCCAGGCGCAUCUCAGCAGCGCGCCAACAGCCCCCUCAAGCCGCCUAGAGGAGGUGACUGAUGCCUUUACCUCCAGGACUGUUAUGGGAUACAACAAUUUGAUGGCAUCCAACAUCCUGAGCGGUGACUUACAGACAUUUUCCUCCCCGGUUGCAUUAAACAAUGCUUUCCAUUACGCACCGGAGCACUGGUCACGAAACAUUGGUGUUCAGCUGCAGACCACAUCUUCUCUCACGAUCCUUCCGCCUACUUUAACCUCAUUCGGCGUGUCGGUGCAGAACUGGUGCGCCAAAUGCAACCUGUCCUUCCGCAUGACCUCCGACCUCGUUUUCCACAUGCGCUCUCAUCACAAGAAGGAGUUCGCGGUGGAGUCCCAGGUGAGGAGGAGAAGGGAGGAGAAACUCACCUGCCCGAUCUGCCACGAAUACUUCCGAGAGCGGCACCACCUGUCAAGACACAUGACCUCUCAUAACUAA